AUGGAGGUAACAACCGGCCCGGUGAAUGCUGCGGUGGCGGAAAUUCCUGAUCGGGACGAGCUCGUGGAAGCGCCGAACGCCAUCGUGCUUGCUGACGGAGUCGUGUCGGCUGAGGAGACGAAUACUGAAACGGAUAAUAGUGAAGAGUGGAAGACAGAGAGCGAGACGCCUCCGGAGGAUGAUCGUUGCCCGAUCUGUUUCAGCUCCUUCACGGUUCCGUGUCGAGGGAAUUGCGGCCAUUGGUAUUGCGGAGGUUGCAUCUUGCAGUACUGGAACUAUGCAGCGAUAUCAAGGCCUUGCAAGUGUCCCAUGUGUGUGCGAUACAUCACUAAGCUCUCACCAGAAGCAUCAUUGCAACAGUGCCAGGAGCGAGAGGUGAAGGAGGUUCUUGCUAAGAUCCGUAGGUAUAACCGUCUCUUUGUUGGAGGUCUCACUGGCUUUGUUCAGAAGAUGCAUGAGCUGCCUUUCCUAAUGAAGAGAAUGGUGUGGCACAUGAUGGAUCCAGAUGCAAACACUCUGUACUUUCACGAAGUGCGCAUCUUUGCAAUGUUCAUGAGUACGCUUUACACUGCUGCAGAGUUCAACUUCAUCCCAACGGGGGGUUUCAAAAUAGUGACAGUGUUCGACUAUGCUGCAAUUGCAAUGAUCCUGAUUCUGCGCUUGGUGGGGAUUUACCGGAGGAGACGACUUGCUCAGCGGGUUAGGCAUCUUGCAGCUGCAGUGCAAGAACUUGAACCGGAGUGA